AUGUUGCAGCUGGGAAAUUUGCUCAUGCUAUUGACGGUCGCCGCACCACGACGACUGGGAUCUGUGGUUGCGGGUUUACCGUCUCUGCUGCAGCUUCCUCGAAUGUCAUUUAUCGCGGCGUCGAUACGCAUCGAUAUGCUGCCAAUCUUUCGGGAUCUCCGCGUUGUGACUGCGUUCGUAGGCUGCGUGAUCGUGCAGGUCAGCAUUGGUGCUGAUGCACUCGUCGGUGAUAGACGCCAGCUUUUUAUUUCCAGCGCCAUCAACUGCGGAACGCAUAUUGCAAUGUUCGUCGCGGUAUCCCUGAAGAUUGUGGACGACAACGGCAACGGAGACUCCUUCCUUCUCUCCUAUUCAUCCACCGGCAACGGAUUUUCAAUCCGUGACACGCUCAUGAACACUCAGCUCAACAUCAUUCUACUCUUUGGGCGGCUGCUAUAUCCCAGGGCGGCGUCGCUGUGUCAGCUACUAUUGCACUGUUGGGUUACGCCCGAAAAGUAG